AUGUGUGGGAAGGUUCUUCUGAUCAGUGCUGUCUUGGUGGGGCUUGUUUCACUGAGCUCAUGCAGGAGCCUGGGGGAGUUGAAUGAACACAAGACCUACUCUUCUAUGCCCCACUAUGGGGGCUCCCCAACUCCCACGCAUGGGUCAGGAGGAGGCUACAAACCAACGCCAACACCGACGCCAACUUACGGCGCUACACCAACGCCAACUUACGGCGCCACACCGACGCCUACUUACGGUGCUACACCGACACCAUCUUAUGGCACUACGCCAAGCACCCCAAGUACACCUUCCCAUGAUGUCCCUACAAUUCCAAAGAAGCAUGAACUCAUUGGAUCCUGCGACUACUGGAAGGGCCAUCCAGAUGCUAUAGUUGCAGCUAUUGGGUCACUUGGCAACAUCGGACAGACAUUUGGUGCUGCAUGCAGUAUGAUUGUUGGCAAGAAGCUAGAAAAUCUGCACGAUGCACUGUCAAACACAAGAACUGAUGGUAUUGGUGCCCUGAUACGUGAAGGAGCAGCUGCAUACCUCAACUCCAUUGUCAACAAGAAAUUCCCUUUUACCACCCAGCAGGUGAAGGACUGCAUUGUCGUUGCCGUGAUCUCUGAAGGUGCUGCUUCUGCCCAGGCUGGGGUCUUCAAGAAGGCCAAUGAUUCCCACUACAAGUUUUAG